UAAAAAGGAAUAAAAAAUCCUUUCCCACGAUUUAUUCGCCGCAUCCCUAAAACCUCUCAAACCUCUCCGUCGUGUCUUCUCGUUUACUCUCCACCGGAGAUUCAGAGCUCAUCUCCAGAUUCCUCCGUCUCUUCUUCUCAUACCUAAAACAAAAGAGGCUCUUUCAAGAAAAUGGCGUCAAGAGCGAUCUUACGGAGAAAGAGUAUCGUUUCUGAUUACUUGAGCGUCUACGCUCGCUCAGCUCAAAGCUUUCAAUCAUUUGGUCAUCACUCUCUAACCAACCAUCCUCCUUUGGAAGCUGACCCUGUAGCCAAAGACAAGUCCUUUACUGGUCAUAUUUCACCUUCUAAAGACGGAUACUUUGUACGUAGAUUCCACGGUUCUUCUCACUUCUCGGGCGUUGGCUAUGGAAGAAGUUCAGAGAUGGGUUCUUCUCUGGGGAUAAGAUACAUGAGCGUGUCUAUUCGUAACGUUACUAAUGUUGCAGCUAAGAAACCGGAGGAAGAGGAGGAGAAGAAGAAAGAUGACGUGGUUGGUGUGAUGAAUAGGAAAGAGGCGUCUCCUGAGGAGUGUGACCAAGCUGUUGAGAGUCUUAGCAGUGUUAAAGCAAAGGCGAAGGCUAAACGUCUUCAAGAUUCCAAGAAGGUUGCGAGGUCGAUUGUUCAGAGGACUUGGGUUUUUAUUCUCCGGAUUGGUCCUGCUUUAAGAGCUGUUGCCUCCAUGAGCAGGGCGGAUUGGGCGAAAAAGCUAACUCACUGGAAACAAGAGUUUGUAUCAACGUUGAAACAUUAUUGGCUGGGGACGAAACUACUCUGGGCUGAUACUAGAAUCAGUUCAAGAUUGCUGCUUAAGUUGGCCGGGGGAAAGAGUCUCUCUAGGAGAGAAAGGCAACAGCUUACUCGAACAACAGCUGAUAUCUUUAGACUAGUGCCGUUUGCAGUGUUCAUUCUGGUGCCGUUUAUGGAGUUUCUGCUACCAGUUUUCUUGAAGCUCUUCCCUAAUAUGUUGCCGUCAACUUUCCAGGACAAGAUGAAAGAAGAGGAAGCAUUGAAAAGGAAGUUACUUGCGAGGAUAGAAUACGCUAAGUUUCUUCAGGAAACGGCUAAAGAGAUGGCUAAGGAAGUUAAACAUUCCAGAACUGGUGAAGCAAAGCAAACCGCUGAAGACCUGGUUGAGUUUCUAGACAAGGUUCGAAAAGGUCGACUAGUCCAAAAUGAUGAAAUUUUGGGCUUUGCAAAGCUUUUCAACGAUGAGCUUACUUUGGAUAACAUUAGCAGGCCUCGCUUAGUAAGCAUGUGCAGAAUUAUGGGUAUUAGCCCAUAUGGAACAGAUGCUUAUCUGCGAUAUAUGCUCAGAAAAAGACUGAGGAGCAUUAAGGAAGAUGAUAAACUGAUUAGAGCCGAGGGUGUGGAUUCCCUUUCAGAAGCUGAGCUACGCGAAGAUUGCAGGGAACGGGGAAUGCUGGGGACGCUUUCAGUUGAAGAGAUGAGGCAACAGCUUCGCGACUGGAUGGACUUAUCACUUAAUCACUCUGUCCCCUCGUCCUUGCUGAUCCUAUCUAGGGCAUUCACGGUUGCUGGAAGAGUUGAGGCAGAUGCUGUCCGAGCAACUCUUUCUUCUCUUCCUGACGAGGUUGUGGAUACUGUUGGUAUUACUUCUCUGCCAUCUGAAGACCCUGUAUCUGAGCGACUAAGGAAGCUAGAGUACCUUGAGAUGCAAGACGAACUGAUCAAGAAGGAAGAAGAGAAAGAAGAAGAAGAGCUUACAAGGAUUAAGGAUGUUAAAGGUGGUGAAGAGGAUAAGGCGCUGCAAGAGAUGACCAUACCAACGGCUAGAGAAGCACAAGAACAGGCCAGAGCUAGAGUUCUUGAACAGCAAGAUGAUCUUUGCAAACUCAGCCGUGCACUGGGCGUUUUGGCUUCCGCUUCUUCAGUAUGUAGAGAGCGUGAAGAAUUCUUGAGGCUGGUCAAGAAAGAGGUGGAGUUCUAUAACACAAUGGUCGAGAGAGAAGAUGUUGAUGGUGAAAAAGCUGCAAUGAAAGCAUAUAAAGCAGCUAGAGAAGAUAGUGACCAAAGUGAUGAAGUUGCCGAAGCAGACGAGGUUUCCUCUGCACUAAUGGAAAAGGUCGAUGGUCUGAUACAAAACCUGGAGAAGGAGAUUGAUGAUGUGGAUAUCAAAAUUGGCAAAGGAUGGCAGCUUCUUGACAGGGAUCGAGAUGGAAAGGUUACACCUGAUGAAGUUGCCUCUGCUGCAAUGUAUCUGAAGGACAAGAUUGCUAAUGAAGGUCUUCAACAACUAAUCAGCAGUCUCUCCAAAGAUAAAGAGGGAAGAAUUAUGGUGGAAGACAUUGUAAGGUUGGGGAGGUUGGGAAGUAAGCCAGAAGAAAAUGCAACAGAAGAAGAGUCAAAUUAGAAGAAUUGAGUACUCUGAUUUUUUGAAAACCAGAUGAGACACUACUAUGACUACUCUUGUAAUGAAGUUAGCUUUUAAAUACUGAGAGAAACUUUACUUGAAGGUUUUGCUUAGACAUAAGCAAGUUACAUAAAAGAGGUUAAAUAAAAAACAAACUAAAGCUAUUUUAAGAGCUAA